AUGGAAGAAAGUAGUCCCCUGAGCAAGUCUAUUUGGUCUGCUCUGUUCCGUGGAGGAUUCUUUUUUCUCCUGUUUUUAAGGGACGAAAGGAUGGAGUUCUCUAGAGAAGCUGGAAUGAUGAUGGAAAAUAAGCAGAGUGUAUGUUCUCUUGAAGAAAGUAGCAUCAAGCGCCAUAAGUCUGAUCUCUCUUUCAGUUCCAAGCAGAGAAAGGACAAAGCUGGAGAACGUAUCUCAGCUCUUCAACAGAUAGUUUCCCCUUACGGAAAGACCGACACUGCAUCAGUUCUUCAAGACGCAUUGCAUUACAUAGAGUUUCUACAUGAGCAAGUAAAGGUGCUAAGCGCUCCUUAUCUGCAAACAAUGACUGCUACUACGCAGGAGGAACUGGAGCAGUACAGCCUGAGAAACAGAGGAUUAUGUCUUGUUCCAAUGGAGUAUACAGCAGGAGUUGCUCAAAGCAACGGGGCUGAUAUCUGGGCCCCCGUGAAGACUCCCCCAUCUCCAGCUUUUGGUGUCCAGUCUCAUCAGUCACCCUUUAGAUGA